UACAUAAAUAACAAUAGAAAAAUAAUAAAUAAAAUGAAUGAGAAGAGUUUAUUUCUUUUCGUACUUUUAAUUGGCGUUGUUUUUAAGUCUAUCGAGUGUUCUAACGUGAAAAAAUAUUCUUUACUUAUGCCGAAUGUAAGCCCGAACGUGCCAGAAUUAUAUUUAUGCACUCCGGUAAAAGUAGAUCCAUCUAGAAAUUAUUAUAUAGUUGGCUUUGAGCCAAAUGCUACUAUGGAAACAGCUCACCAUAUGCUCUUGUACGGAUGUACAAAACCUGGAAGUACCAAGUCUGUAUGGGACUGUGGUGAGAUGGCACAUUCUCUUAAUGGCCAACGUGAAACAGCUGUUCCUUGCAGUGAAGGAUCUCAAAUCUUGUAUGCUUGGGCUAGAGAUGCGCCUCGAUUGAAUUUACCAGAAGGUGUUGGUUUCAAAGUUGGAGGUGAUUCUCCAAUUAAAUACAUUGUUCUUCAAGUACAUUAUGCUCAUAUUGAUCAUUUCAAAGAUGGUAGUACCGAUGAUUCUGGAGUAUUUUUACAUUAUAUAUUACAUCCACUAAAUAAAUUGGCUGGUGUACUUCUUUUGGGAACUGGAGGUGUUAUACCACCUAGAAGUACUGAAUAUAUGGAAACUGCUUGUGUCCUCAAAGAAAAUAAGACUAUAUAUCCUAUAGCGUAUAGAACGCAUAGUCAUUCUUUGGGUAGAGUAAUUUCUGGAUAUGUAAUAAAACCCAAUUGGAAAUGGAUUGAACUUGGUAAAAGGGAUCCUCUUACGCCACAGAUGUUCUAUCCUGUGAAAAAUAAUGUUUCGAUAACGACGCACGAUCAAAUUGCAGCUCGUUGUACUAUGCAAAAUAUGCGCGAUACUUGGACUAAUAUUGGUCCUACGAAUGAAGACGAAAUGUGUAAUUUUUAUUUAAUGUAUUACGUUGAGAAUGAUGAGCCAUUGAAUAUGAAGUAUUGCUUCACUCCUGGACCUCCAGUUUAUUAUUGGGAAAAUGAUGAAUUAAGAAAUAUUCCUGAUAAAGAAGCAUCGACAUUGUAAUGAAUUAACAAAUCCAGAAAUUGUACAAAUACAAAUGGCUUGAUUUCAUCAUCCUGAUUGACGAAAUAAGAUAUGUAUAUCAUAUGCGAUUUUAAAUUAUACGUGUCAAUUUGGUGCUAUAGGACGAAGAUAUGGGAUCAAACUAUCUUGAAUAUCUUUUUACUCCAUAAUUGCAUUUCCAAUAAUGUCUAGGCAUAAUUUUAUUCCAAUUUUUUAAAAAUCUGAUUUAACUGGUUAAAUGUAGUAUUAGUUAAUAUUUAAUUUUAUCUCAAUAUUUUUUAUAGUCAAAAAUAACUUUUAAAUCUACAAUAAUUUUUUUUUUUUUUAAUUCAUUUAUUUAUUGUGUAAUAUUUAAGGAUAAAUAUUGAAGGCAGGUAAAUAACAUAUCUGGUAUAUAUUGUAGUAGACAUAACAAUUUGCCUCACAGUACAGUUAUUUUUUGCGAAGUACUUUAUCGAGAAUUUAUUUAACUUACUAGUUAAUUGUUAGUUAAUUACUACUUAAUUGCUACUUAAUUGCUACUUAAUUGCUACUUAAUCGUCUCAAUUCAUAAUUAAAAGAUUCGUAAAUGCAUGAAGGUAAUACAAAUAACAAUUGUAAUAUUAUCAGUAAUAUUGAAAACAUAUUUCUAUAAUUGUACAUUUUUCAUGAGUGUUCUACAAUAAUUUUAAAUUAUCUAUAGUAAAGUAUUUUUCAAAGGAAAAUGAAAUGCACUAAUCCUAUUGCUUGAAUGAAAUAGAAGAUAUCUGUGAUUUUUUUGAAGUUACUAUCUUUUUUUUUUUCCUUAUUAAAUGGAUCGAGGUGUGAUCUAUUUAAAUAUAUUUUGUUUUCAUAAUAACUUUUUGAAACUUAAGUAUUUUAUAUGUUCUAAUUAAUUUAAUUGUGUAUAAAAAUUUCAAUACUAUACCUGAUAGACUAAUGUAUAUUUUAUUUAUAUAUUUUUGAUCUCUACAAUGAAAUCUCAUAUAUGUUUAAUAAUCGUAGAAAACUACAGUUUCAAUACAAAACUUGAUUAUAUUUUAUAUAAGUCAUUUUAUCAAGAGAAAAUCUUUGAGAAUAUCAUUGAUAUUCGAGAAUUUCGUUUUCCUAUAUUUCUUCUGGAAUAAUGCACACUGUAAUUAAUAUGUAAAAAAAAAAAUAUGCAAUGUUGUAUAAAUUAAUUCUCUAUAACGAUGUUAAUUAUAUUCUCAAAUAUUUAUUUAAAUCUUAAACAUAUACAUAUAUUCACACAGAGAGUGUAUAUAUAUAUAUAUAUAUACAUAUAUGUGUAUGUAUAUAUUGCUAAAUGAACCAUCGAAAUAUCUAUUUUCGAGUAUGCAUAAUACAGAAAUGGAUUUAUCGUUUCAAACUCAACAAUAUAUAAAAAGAUGUUAAAUUUAAAUAAAUCUUUACGCAUCA